AUGGGAACCUAUAAAUAUCUGUUGAUCUACAUUGCUCUUUUUGAGAUUAUCUAUUCAAUUGUGGAUAUGAUAAUUUCACCAAUUUUAUUUUCUCAUGACUCAAUUUAUAUGGUGAUCGUUAAUGUGAAAACAAAUAUGCUUUCUGGGGAAGUUCUUCUGAUUCUAGAUGCAGUUUAUUGUGGAUGUUAUGGUAGUUUUAUGGGGUUAUUUGCUCUCAAUUUCAUUUAUCGAUAUUUUGUCGCCUCUGGUUCAAAAUAUCUGGCAACUUUCAACAAUUCCAAAUUCUUCCUCUGGUUAUCAAUUCCUCUAAUUUAUGGGAUAAUUUGGGGGAUGAUAUGUUACUUUCUAAUCUCUCCAACUUCUCAAAUUGACAAUGUUAUGAGAAACGAAGUUAUGCUAAAUUUUGGUUGGGAAAUGGAAGAUAUCACCUACAUCGGACCAUAUUGCUAUCAGAAACAACAAAAUGAAACAUAUAUUAUUGAUCUCAAUUCAAUAAUCGCUCUAAUUCUAAUGUCUACUAUAAUAAUCUCAUCAAUUUCAGCACUUAUAUUUUUUGGUGUUCGCUGCUAUUUGAAGAUCAAUCAACUUUUUAAAGGGGGUAUACCCUAUUGUCUCUCGUGCAAAGUGUGAUACAUCAUUCGAUUCAGAAUUUUGUGUUAUAUAUGCACAAAAAAUUUUAGCUCCCAAAACGGAUUUUAAGUACACGUUUUUUGGGUCCAAACAGGACCAAAAUCUGCUCGAAAUAAAAAAAGAACACACAAGAAAGAGAGACGCAGACUCUCGCUGUCUGCCAGCCAGCCAGCAUGUGUAUUGUUUUUUUUUUCGAAUUUUGUGUUCAACAACUACGGUAAGUCUGAAUAUACUGUAACAAACUUAUAAAAAUUUAAAAAAAGAAGAAAAAACAACACACAUGUUGGCUGGCUGGCAGACAGCGAGAGUCUGCGUCUCUCUUUCUUGCGUGUUCUUUUUUUUAUUUCGAGCAGAUUUUGGUCCUGUUUGGACCCAAAAAACGUGUACUUAGAAUCCGUUUUGGGAGCUAAAAUUUUUUGUGCAUAUAAAACACAAAAUUCUGAAUUGAAUGAUGUAUCACACUUUGCACGAGAGACAAUAGGGUAUACCCCCUUUAAAGACAAAACAAAAACCUCUCAAAAAUUCCGCUUCCAUCAAUCUCAAUUAUUUUGGGCACUUGUUACUCAAACACUUAUUCCAGUUAUUUUGAUGCAUACACCGUGCUCGUGUAUUUUCAUUUUCACACUUCUCGAUUUAGAUUUGGGAACUUUAAGUGGUAUCUCCACAUUGACAGUUGCUUUAUUUCCAGCAUUGGAUCCACUUCCAACUAUGUUUUUAAUUGAGAACUAUCGAAAUGUGAUAAUUAAUUGUUUUUCCGAGCCAGUGAAAAAAUUGAGAACAAGUUCAGAGCUGAAGAUGAUUGCGACUUGA